CGUCAGGUUUCUCUCGUCCUCUUCGUCCUCAGUCGCAGAGUAAUAACGCCACAAUACUCGUUAUCCGUUCAUCGGCUGAAUAGUGUCUUUUAACAUUUCGCGGAGCCUUGCCACUCUCAAGAUUGAAUCUGCCCAGGCUCUGGGUAAGGCCAAGCAAGAUUACCCCGGUCGAUAGAUCUUCUGGAUACACUGCCAUAGCUCAAACUUGGAAGGUUUCACGUCUUCGUAGAGAGUUAGCUACCUUGCAAGACCUGCCUGCUCUCGACUUCUACCCAAGUGCUGUGCUUCUGCAACCAGGGUCUCGUAAAUUUGUAGAACUCCUAAGCAGUUCGACCGGGUGUUCUCUAUCCACAGACGGCUUGGCGAUGUCGGACAGCGAAUGCGGUACACGGGCCAAUGGCCUAUCCCACGAAAUGAAUGGGGGAGCCGCUGGUACUGAUGGGACAGAAGGGAGGACAUACACCCUGCCAAAGAAACUGCAACGCGGCCUAACCUGGCCAUUCCGUCAACACAGCCUGUACGAGGAGCAGCACAACACGCCGUGUCUUGCCGAUUCAAGUUCACCGAGUGCCAGUAGCGGAGAGGACAUCACUGAUGGACCCGCUGCUUCACUGAACGUGGCCACUGGCGCCGAACUGAAUGCGGCACGGACUCCCAGAAAGCGACGAAAGCACAAGAUUAUGCGGAAGCUUCCCCUGAUAGGGCUGCUCCUCGCCCUGCUCAUCAUCGCGAUUCUCGCCUGUGCAGUAGUGUACGUACAGCAGUCCACAGAUACGAACCCGUCAGAUGGAACUAAGUCGCGUCAACAGGCCAGCGAGAUACGCAGACAGUUUCACUUCAACCUCAGCAUCGGCCAAACGUUCCGGUCUCGGGUGCAUUUCAUUGCUAAAAGGAAGCCUGCUUCAAUAAAGAAGUCCGCUUUAGGGACAUGCAGGAAACGCUCACCAUAUCUCAGUGUGACCUGUGAGAGUAUAAGCUGCAAUCAUGGGGAUCCCGUUUGGUGUGCUCAAGCAGACGCGGCUUCUCAGUUAGAUAUCAGUGUGUUGGGGCACACCAAGAAGAGUGAUGUGAGGUGUGGCACUUCUGAGGAGUAUAUCCCCAACGAGGAGCUCCUCGUCCUGCUCCAGGUUCCUGCCACUAGCAUGUACGUAUCCUUUGACAACUCCGCACCUACUCAAGCCCCUGCAACCGGCCUUAGAAACGCCAAAUUUCUCCUGUACGACCUUGGCAACGGGACAUUACAUCAGUUGAUGUCGGAAGCAGGGGAGAAUGGUCUUCUGCAUCAACUGCGUUCCAGAGGCAACGGUGUCUGGAGUGUACAUCCAGUCGUGAAUGGCAAAGCUGUAUUCAUAGGGGACCUCAAAUUCCCGGACAAUACGUUCAUGUGGCCAGUGGCCUGAAGACAGCGGCGACCAGUUACAUGUAGGUUGUAACCGUGAGUGAGUGAGCUUUACUCCGCAGCAUGGGGCGAGGAGGGCUGUAGUGUGGGCCACGAGGUACAUGGCCUGUCUAUUCGCCUUCCGCGUCCACACACCAGUUGUGGCCCAACUGAAUUGACGCGGCGUGAGACCGUGCACAAACGUCAUUCGCCAUGAGUGAGUCCAUGAGUGCAUUUGAAUAAUUUAUACCUGUAGUAUGUUUCUAGCGCCCAAUCUGCAUGCGCAGAAUUACCGUAUUUCCAGGCAUGGGAAAGCCUCAUAUCAGCCCCCUCUGCCUCAUGGUUUCUCUCUUGCCAUGACUUUGAGUAGCAGGAACCUUCACCGAGCUGUCCAUAUUCUUGGGAAGAGACACUCUGCUACCAUGGGCGUUGACUGCUCUGCGUAGAUACAUGUAGGUUAUCACGAGGAAUGGCAUUGUAUUCAUAAGGUAUUAGACAGUAAGGAAUGGAUGGUCAUUCCACCUCCGUUCUCUCUAUUGUCGAGGAACAAGAGCCGAUUUCCAAUACACAGCGUGAUACAGUGACACAAGCGUGUACAUACCACUAUUUCGAAGUCACUCUUUGCGACCUACCCUGCAGUUUCACACUUCCACAAUAGUAUGCUUUUUUAUUCCCGAAGCUAUGCAAAAGACGUUACGUCUUUCAAAUUUUAUUUGUAUUUGAAAGACUUGCCGAAGGCUUGGUCUAUCUGGGCAUCUGACAAUGAAGACAUCUUUCACACUCAUUUACACUGUACAUUUCUUUUCGGGCAUAUACUAGGUAAUGAGAAUAGCGGUAUACUAUGUAAAGUUCAUCCACCGUCCGUAGAGGGCUCAAU